AUGGUUCAACAGCAAGCACUUGCCGAAUUACUCAAAUUGCAUUGUUUCAGAGCGAGAGAUCGCGCAAGAAGAGCCAUGACUAUGAAGCAGACAACAGAGUAUUAUUUGAAUUCGAGCACAAAUACUACUUCCGAUGAUGGAAAAAUACAUGAUGAUGAAUUAAAUGCAAAAACUCAUCAAUCACAACAGUUAUUUGAUUUGAUACCAUUCGGAAAUUCAAAAGGAGUUGAGUAUUUACGGAUUGUUCUGUCCAAUGAAAAAUAUUUAUUGAAUACGCGUGAUGAGCUGAUGGAGAGCAUGAAACAAUGGAUACAUCAUUUUGUGAAUCGGAAUUGUAAUAUUGAAGAUAUUGGAAAAUAUUUAUACGAGAACAAUGAAGACGAGUAUCAUGGAAUGGAAGAGGAAUUAAAUAGAUGUAUUCAUUAUAUGUGGGAUUUUAAAGUGUUUGAAGCUAAAAUUGAUUUGUUGGAUUAUUAUUUACAGCGACGAUUGGAUUUAGUUUGGAGCUCUGAGAAAUUUAAUCAUUGUAGAAAAAAGAGAAACAUUGUCAUUAUAUUUUCCCAAAUCAAACAAAUUAUGAAAAGAUGUAAUUUUUUAAUUUCCAUGAUAAGGAAAAAGUUUGAAAUUAUUUUCAAACAAUACAAACAAUUCGAAAUAUUGUUAGGCGUAAAUUUGAAGAAUUCAGGUUUCGUGAUAACAGACAACUCAAUAACCGAAGUGUUCACUAAUUUUGACCUGAAUGGAAUUGAUAUUCAUUCCUUAUUUAAACUGCAAAUUUUACAUUUGGAACAAGUGCGAGCUGAAAUUGUUUCCUUCUUUUCCAAUAUUAUGUGGACGAAAAACGACAUGACGGAUUGUGUCAGUCUGGACUCUUUUCAAAAUUUUAUAUUUUCACGAGAAAUUGACUCACCUCUCAAAGAAUUUUUCCUUCUCUAUCAGUCCAGUUUUACGCCGCAUCACCAUGAUGGUACGAGAUUGUUAUAUGAUCCACUUGUUGAAGAGUUGACAAUGAAACAACAGAAGCAAAAACGGCUGAGGAAUAUAUUGUCACUACAACUGGAAGAGUUACAAGAAACAGACAAGGUACAAAAUUAUUUUCGAAAACUCUUCGCUCAACACAGAGACUCCACAAAACCACUCACUCAACAACCUCCAAACACUCUGAGAUUAUUCAACACUGGUGAUUUAUUCUCGAGUAAAACAACCAAACAAGAAAGCACAACGCAAACAGUCUAUUCACUCACUGUACUCAAGACCACUAUUGAGGAAGCUUUCACACAACACGAACUCAUGGAUUUUCUCACUGUUCUAUUUCCUUCCUAA